AUGGUCGAAUGCGAACCUGGCCAGCGGCCUUUCAGACUAGUAGACGACUUGUCCAUGCAUUUCUUCACAUCCGAAGCUCCUUGUGGCGAUGCGUCUAUGGACCUGCUAAUGAGGUCUAAAGCUCCGGAAGACGCAAUACCAUGGGAUACACCUAACGCAAUUGAGGGCGAUGUGGAAGCGCCAUCAUUGCCAGGGCGAGCCAACUUCGGACUGUUAGGAGCACUUCGCCGGAAGCCGGCUCGUGCAGAUGCCGAGCCCAGUCUUUCCAAGUCGUGCUCUGAUAAGCUGACUAUCAAGCAAGUCACAAGUGUGUUAUCGUUUCCCACUGACAUGUUCUUCGAGAGAUCGCCAAGUGCAUUCAUCAAGACCUUGAUCGUUCCAUACGAGCAAUUCCACGAGGAAAGUUACAAGCGGGCAUUCUCACCAACGGGUCGUGCGAAAUUCGAAAACAUCAAAGGGACCACGUAUUUCGAUGUCCACCAAUUGCCACCUUACUUCAAUGACUUCUCAUUCCGGAAAGAAGCUGGAUCACGAAAGGCCAGCAAUAUUUCCACCCUGUGGAUCAAGGGGCCAGGUGAUGCUGGUCGAUCGCAAACCGAGAUUCUGCUCAACGGCGUCAAGCAAGGCUACAAGCAAACAAGCGACGACACUCGGAAGCAAAGUCUGAUAUGCAGGAAGCAGAUGGCAGAGCUCGGUCGUGCGAUUCAGGAAAAGCUGGGUCCGGAUGAUUCAGUGAGGCUUCGGACUUCAUACUGCUCGGUAAAGGACUCGGAGAUCAGACGAGACAUCAUAAGCCGCAAGGAUGCCGCGAGACUAGUCCUUGGCACAUGGAUCAGAAACACAGGCGAUGAGGCGUGGUCCAUAUGA